AUGACAGAUCAGACAAUACUAACGUCUGAAAUAAUAAAAUCAAGAGAUGAGCAUGGAAGAUUACUUAUAAAUCAAUAUUUAUUAUUAUCAGAGUUGGGUAAAGGCCAGCACGGCCGUGUGAGGGAAGCGAUUGAUACGGAGACCAAUGAGAGAUUUGCUGUUAAAAUGGUUGAUAGAGCUCCAAAGAAACGAUUACUCGGCUCGAAAUCACGUCCAUCAACCGCUGAAAACCAUCUCCGUAAGCCGACGGAUAACAAAAUAUGCAAAGAGAUUGCAAUUCUCAAAAAAUUGCACCACGAGAAUGUCGUGCAAUUGAAGGAAAUUAUCGAUGACGGUGGUUCAAAGACUAUUUAUAUGAUAUUGGAGUUGAUGAAAGGUGGUGAGAUUCAGUGGAAGAAUGAGCAUUCUCUGCCUACAAUGACAGUUAAUCAGGCAAGAUCCACGCUCACUGAUGUAAUUCUCGGUUUAGAAUAUUUACACUACCAAGGUAUAAUCCACCGUGAUAUUAAGCCUGCUAACUUAUUAUGGAAUGAUUCUAAGAAAGUUAAAAUAAGUGAUUUUGGUGUUAGUCACUUCAGUUACGCGUUAUCUGCGCAGAGUCCUGAUCAAUCCCCUCUUUUUACUCUCAGUAGCACCACCAACAACUCCUCCACUCAACUAGACUCUUCUACUCCAAAUAGCCCCACUUCCUCUGAGGAACCCCUCUUCACUGAUCAAGAUCUUGCUAAAACUGCUGGUAGCCCCGCUUUCUUCGCCCCUGAAUUAUGCUUUCAACGCUCUUCUCAAUUCGAUUCUAAACGUCCAAGAAUUACCAACGCUAUUGAUGUUUGGGCUUUAGGAGUUACCCUAUAUUGUCUCCUCUUUGGUAAAGUUCCUUUCACUGCUGAAAACGAAUUUGCUCUGUUCAACGUCAUACCUGCCCAACCUGUCGAAUACCCUCCUUAUGCGGGCGCUGAUCAACUGUCUUUGAAAGAUUCUGAGGAAGGCAAACAAUUGCGCGAUCUACUUAACAAACUUUUUGAAAAGGAUCCCACAAAGCGCAUAAAACUGGCUCAAGUGAAGUCACACCCAUGGAUUUUGAGAGGUAUACAUGAACCUUCUGAAUGGCUCAAACACACCGAUGUCAACGCAUCCCCCGCUGUUCAAGUUACAAAUGAAGAGGUUGAGUCUGCACUUAAUUUCAGAACGCGAUUGAAGAGGGGUUGGAGGCAUAUAGCAAAUGCUUUCAACGCUGCUACUGGUGCAACUGGUGUACCUCGACGUGGUUCUGUCAACUCAAACAACUACAAUCCAUAUCAGUACCACUCACAGUCAGAUUUGGAUGAGCACAAUGACGACAAUAACCCCUACGCACCGACAUCAGCCGUUAAGCAAUUUUACAAUGCUGAUUUAUCUCCAGCAACAAACCAACAAACUCUUAAACAACGCAGGUUAUCUUCUUUGGACAGUAGUAGUAAUAGCAACAACGCAGCACCCAAUCUUCAACCACCGACCCACCUCUCACGCGCGGCAUCCUUGUCUUCGCAGUCGAGUAGAGCUCACAAGUCAGAUCCCUCAUCACGCAGACAAUCGAUGAACCAUCUCCAGUUGAAUGCCGCACAAUCUCCGCGCUCGUCUUUAUCUAAUGAGAUUGGUACAUCAUCGCCCAACGUAACGCAACCACCCCAAUUCACCCAGGUCACGGCCCCGACACCAAUACCGAUGAUGCGCGGUAACUCGGACACGGUCACACUCAGCAACAGCAGCAGCACGGGAGAUUUUGACGAGCAGCCCACGGUCAGUCGCAGCUCAGCGGCGUCUCCUGCAGCGUCGACGGGCAAGCGCGGCACCCUGCGAGGAUUCCUCAAAGGAUUGACGCUCGGCAACCGUAAGACAUCCGUAUCCUCAAAUACCUCAGCCCCUACUCGCUUUGCCUCAUUCAGUGACCACCACACGGAGCGGGAAAAGAGGGAAAAGGAGAUUAGGCAAAAGCAGCAGGGAGAGAGGGAGAUGCACAAAGCUAGUAUUUCGUCACUCUCACCCACCUCUCAACAACAAACUCCGGCGAUCUUGCACGCUGCCCCGCCUUCGCCUCACUCGCCGGUGGCAGAGAGUUUGUACGACGACGAUGUCGAUAUCGAUGUGCAGCUGUCUGGACACUCAGACAGCAGCGAUGAGGAGGAAGAUAGUGAUCAACUGCUGGCUCUCGCGCACUCCCACUCCCAUUCAUCUCACCUGCGUUCAUCUAUUGCAAUGGGUGAUGAAGAAGAGAGCGACGACGGCGCAGAGAGCAGCGACGCGAGCGAACUGAACCAGCCGACACAGUACUGGAGCAAUAGGGGCGACGGAUGGCGGCAUGUCGGUAUAGAUGGUGUGUAUGAUCUCAACGAGACAGGUGAUAGAGACAGGGAAGAUAAGGAGGCAGUGAUGGGGCUGAAUAGCGCUGUUAGUGGCGAUGAUGCUACUAGUACAAGCACCAGCACACCCACACCUAAUGUGCACUCGGAGCACACGUACUCUGAGCACUCAAAUCACUCGGGGCACUCUGAGCACUCUAAGCAAGACUCCACCCCGCUCGCUCAUAAUAAUAGCACUGCCAAUGAGUCCAUGACCGAUACCGCCUCACUGGUUACCUUUAAAAUGAAAAGGCCGCGCGAAGAGCAGACGCGAGCACAGGAAGAGCAGCAAUUACAAGAAGGGCAUUUACACGUAAAUACAUUGCAACCUUACCCUUCUCACCCUUCUCACCCCUCUUACUAUGCACACCAUGCUCACCACGAAUAUGACAGUAAUAGCAGCAGUAGCAGCCAAUCGAGCGAGUCAGAAGAAGGCGACACACUCGAAAUCACACCACGCCGAUCACGCAACUCGUCAUUCGCUAUCACUUCCCGCUCUCCAUCCAUGUCGCUCAGUCCUACAAAACUGGGCCAGGCGGCCAUAUUGACUGCCCCACCCGCUCCAACUGCUGCACCUGCUCCACCACCACCAACACAUGGCGACGCAAGUGAGAGAGUAGAUGAAUAG